GAGUGAAUGAAACCAAAAGCGACAGAGCUACAGGACACUGCACACACUCGAGCGCAUACGCGCACACAAUGGGACGGGGAUCCUCACGCAGCACGGCGAACUGGAGGGACAUGUGCAGGGACACGCGUUGUGUUGUCAUUAUUUAAAUGAUCGCAGAUCGGAUAGUGUGAACCGGAGAGAGAUGAAUUGACGUGUUGUUGUUUUUUUAGCAACGGUGGGACGGACGGGUUUCUACCGGCGCGCCUCACAGCCAUGGCAUGGUUUUGUAUCUUAACUUUGGCAGUCGGUGUUCACGUGAACAAAGUGCUAGCUGGGCCACGCUUCUCUCAGGAGCCGGCAGAUCAGUCUGUGGUGUUGGGGGAGCGGGUUGUACUCUCCUGUGUGGUGUUUAACUACACGGGCAUCGUCCAGUGGACCAAAGAUGGACUCGCUCUCGGCAUUGGAGAGGACCUAAGGGCAUGGCCACGUUAUCGUGUAUUAAGGAUCAUUGAUGUGGGUCAAUAUAACCUGGAGAUUUCAUCAGCCGAGCUGUCGGAUGAUUCUCUGUAUGAGUGUCAAGCCACUGAAGCGGCUCUCCGAUCCAGAAGAGCCAAACUCACUGUCCUCAUUCCCCCAGAUGAUCCAGUGAUAGAAGGGGCUCCAGAGAUUUUGUUGACAGCAGGAAUCUCGUAUAACCUGACAUGUGUGUCGCGAGGGGCCAAACCACUCUCGACAAUAGAGUGGUACAAAGAUGGAGUUAUAGUGGAAGGAGCUCAUACUAGCACUGAGGUUUUACCUGACAGGAAGCGAGUAACUACACGCAGUUUUCUGCCUAUUCAACCAGUAGACACAGACACUGGACACAACUUUACCUGUGUCGCCUCCAAUCUGGCUGUGCCACUGGGCAAACAAGCCAGUGUCACACUCAACGUGCACCAUGCUCCCACAGUUUUAUUAUCGAUUGAGCCUCGUUCAGUUCUAGAGGGAGAAAGAGUGACAUUUACAUGCCAAGCUACAGCCAACCCUCCUAUCAUGGGCUACAGGUGGGCUAAAGGUGGAGUAAUCCUGGAAGGAGCAAGGGAGAGUAUGUUCGUGACUACAGCUGAUCACUCGUUCUUCACUGAGCCUGUUUCCUGCCAGGUGUUCAACGCUGUGGGCAGCACCAAUGUCAGCAUAUUGGUGGACGUACACUUUGGUCCGAUCCUGGUAGUGGAACCAAGGCCUGUAAUGGUGGAUAUGGACUCUGAUGUAACACUGAACUGUAAAUGGGCAGGAAAUCCUCCUCUUACACUCACCUGGACAAAAAAGGGCUCCAGUAUGGUUCUCAGUAAUAAUAAUCAGUUGUAUUUGAAGUCAGUGAGUCAGGCUGAUGCAGGACAGUAUGUGUGUAAAGCCAUUGUGCCCAGGAUUGGGGUUGGGGAGACAGAGGUCACACUUACAGUCAAUGGUCCGCCAAUUAUUUCAAGUGAACCAGUUCAGUAUGCUGUGAGAGGUGAGAAGGGCGAGAUCAAAUGCUACAUUGCGAGCACACCUCCUCCUGACAAAAUUGUGUGGGCCUGGAAGGAGAAUGUAUGGGACAAAGAUAGAGGCACUCUAUCAGAGAGAUACACAGUAGAGCAGAGCAAACCAGCAUCAGAAGGGGGUGCUGUGCUCUCCACCCUCACCAUCAAUAAUGUGAUAGAGUCAGACUUUCAAUCCACAUACAACUGCACGGCCUGGAACUCAUUUGGACCAGGCACUAUGAUCAUCACACUGGUGGAGACAGAUAUUGUCCCAGUGGGUAUAAUAGCUGGUGGAACAGUCGGAUCCUCCAUCCUGCUGCUUCUCUUCUUGCUUGCUCUGGCCGUCUACCUCUAUCGCCAGAGAAAAGCCAGUCAUCGAGGGGUUGCACUGAAGCCUGACAUCAAGGUCGAGACAGUCAACAAGGAGACACCGAAUAUAGAGGAGGAUACAGCAGGCGUCUCUACAGCAUCUCAUAUGUUUCUUCCCUCUGUCUCCCUCUCUCCCUCCACUCAGCCUUUCAAAGAGGACACGGACCUGAAGCUGGACACACGCAGUGAAACGCUGGAGACCAAGGAGGAGUAUGAGCUGAAGGACCCAACAAAUGGCUAUUACAACGUACGUGCGACAACCCAUGACGAAGGGCGUACCAUGGCCCGCUACCAGGAAUUCCGUCCACCAAAUCCAGCCUCAGUGUCCACUUCUACAGCAGGCUCAGCACCCAGUAUUAAUCCUGCUCCCAUAGGGCGCUAUGAACCGCGCCCACCAUCACGGAUUACUCACAACACCUAUGCCCACUUCAGCACCAUCGCCAGGACCAAACAAAGCCAGGGUCCAUCCAAAGCAGCACUUCAGACCACAGACUAUUCCAGAGAAUGUGGCUUGCUGGAAUCAACCAAUCAGCUCAGUUAUGACACAUAUGGAUACCAAACCACGGCGCAAUAUGCACAGUACAGGCUUGGCUUUGCUCCAGCGCUUGAGGAAGGACCAGCAUAUGAGAUGUAUCCAACAGGACAGGGGGUAGGGCCAAAUCAAGGGGUAGGGCCAAAUGCAGGACUGGGGAAGUAUGGGAGCUCAACACGUUUCUCCUAUUCAUCACCACCCACAGAAUACUCUCAGAGACACACCCAGAGGAUGCAGACACAUGUAUGAGAGUGUAACAGGACACUAACACACACACACACUUAAAAUUGUGGUUAACCAAACGCUAGAUUCACAGAUUAGUGUAGCUAUCUCACAGUCACACACACACACACACACACACACACAUAGACACACACAAGCAUAUGCAUGUGCACACACACACACAUAUGCACACACACACACACACACACACACACACAUAUUGUAUUUUGUAUCAUCUCAUUGUGUGCCAUCACUAUAGUGCCAAACCAAGAUUAAAUAUGAAAUGCAAAGAUAAAAUAUAAAAAGGGUGGAGGGACACAUUCAUGAAUUCUAUAUAUUCUCUCCUCUAUUCUCCCCUUACCCCAUUUCUCUUUUCCUGUCAUCAUAUGUAAAUAUAUCCGAAAGAAGUGUCAACAGACACAAGCAGUGUUUCCUGAAGUUGAUAACUGCCCUAGUAUAACAAGCAGGAUAGCUGAGAAGAAGCAGCAGGUUUGUUAAUUUAAGGGAACAUUGUGACUCAAUUGUUUCCUGUGGGAAUCUGCAGAUGGCACCAGAGGUUGUUGGGAAAUGUCUCCAGUCUGUGCCAUUGGAUAAUAUGAAAGACAGUGUAUGUGUGUAAAAUGUAUCCGCUAGAAUGCACAGUCUCAUUGGUGUCAAACCUGCAAGAAUUGCUGAAUAUCUUCAGAUAUGAAAUAGUCAACAGUUAGAUUUUUGCUUGUAGCAAAAGAGUGACUCAGUCCAUUGUUGGUGGCAGCCCAUAAAAUGGUGAUGGAAGUCUACAUAAUUUAUAGCAUUUUGUCUUAGCAGUACAUCAAUGACUGGCAGCUAUUGCAAAAAUUGCAUUUUAUAAAAACUCCUAUUGGUCCCAAGACCAAAUGUGAUAGAUUUGGUCCAAAUUGCAGAUGAAGACCAGCUUUUCCAGCUAUAUGAAUACAUUAAGAACAGUUCAUUUGCACUGCCCUUUUUAUAAAGGGAUAUGUGUAGUGUUAUGGAACAAAAACUAUAACUGCCCAGUAUUCUGGGCCUGAAAACACUGAAUUACAACAAACUUAGAGGAGAUAAUGCACAUACAGUGGUGCUUGAAAAUUUGUGAACCCCUUAGAAUUUUCUAUUUAUCUGCAUAAAUAUGACCUAAAACGUCAUCAGGUUUUCACACUAAAAGUACUAAAAGUAGGCAAAGGGAUCACAAUUAAACAAAUGAGACAAAAUAUUAUGCUUGGUCAUUUAUAUAUCGAGGAAAUAAAUCCAAUAUUUCAUAUCUGUGAGUGGCAAAAGUAUGUUAACCUCUAGGAUUAGCAGUUAAUUUGAAGGUGAAAUUAGAGUCAGGUGUUUUCAAACAAUGGGAUGACAAUCAGGUGUGAGUGAGCACCCUGUUUUAUUUAAAGAACAAGGAACUAUAAAAGCCUGAUCUUCACACCACAUUGUGUGUUGUUUAUGCUCAGGCUGAAAAAGCUACAAGAAAAGGUUACAAAACCAUCUCUAAAGAGUCUGGAUUCCACCAAUCCACAGUCAGAUAGACUGUAUACAAAUGGAGAAAAUUCAGUACCAUUGUUACCCUCCCCAGGUGUGGUCUACCAACAAAGAUCACUCCAAGAGCAAGACGUGUAAAAGUUUGUGAGGUCACUAAGGAACCCAGGGUAACUUCUAAGCAGAUAAAGGCAUCUCUCACAUUGGCUAAUGUUACUGUUCAUGAGUCCACCAUCAGGAGAACACUGAACAACAAUAGUGUGAAUGGCAUGGUUGCAAGAAGAAAGCCACUGCUCUCCAAAAAGAACAUUGCUGCCUAUCUGCAGUUUGCUAAAGACCACACUGACAAGCCAGAAGGCUAUUGGAAAAAUAUUUUGUGGAUGGAUGAG